AUGGAAACAAAUGAGAAACAGAAACCUUCGUACGCUAAAGCAUUCGAGGAAUUUAGAAAACUUGGAAAUGUCAACAAAAUAUACGCGGAGGUGUUUGAUCAGGUGGACAAAAGUUAUUUGGAGCAUGUCAGACACGUCAUAUCGGUGGGCCCUGGUCCAGGAAUCAAUGACUUGACAUUUUUGAAAAAGUUGACCCCAAAUUUGGUUCAUUUCACUGCUAUUGAAACAAACGAUUCUUGUCUGAAUGAAUUAAAAGAUAAUGUCAAAAAGUUUCUUUCUAGCGAUGUUGUUGUUGAGGUGCACCAAACUAAAGGUCAAGUUUGGGAAGGGCCUAAAUCUAAAGCUGAUCUGGUUCUCUUGUUUCAAGUUUUAUACUUCUUUGAUGAAUCAGAAAGAAUGAAAUUGUACAAAAAAUGUUUCAAUGAAUGGUUGUCACCAGACGGGAAAUUGUUCAUUUUGCACAAUAAAGACAAACACGAAACUGUGAACACGUACUUCCUGAACGAUAUUUACAGAGAAACUGCGAAAAAACUUCAACUUGAAUCGUUUAAGAUCAAACAAGAACUCAUCGAACUUGGGUACGUCAUCGAAAAAGUUUACAACUUUGAAUAUUUUCAAGAUUUGAAAGUUUUAAACGAUUACGUGGUGGCUUUCAUCAUGAUUAACGCUGAACCGCCUUAUGAAAAUGAAGAAAUUGUGAGAAAAACUUUGAAGAAACUCAUAAACGAAGGAAACAAAGGUUACAGCAGCGGGGAUCUAUUUAGUGUCAUCAAAAACAAUCAGUCUGCUUAA